UUGUUAAAUUUGCUGAAGGUGCUUGGGUGGCCUUAAUCAUUGCAUUAAUCUUGUUCACUUUUGGCUUUUGUUGGUAUUACGGUCAAGGUAAACUUCGUCGAUAUUUACAUCACCAUGUUAAAACAACAACUCUCUGUCGUCUUCCUUAUCGAUUUGGACUAACGGCAUUAUCAAGCAAUGAUUCACAAUUAAUACCUACAACAGUGGAUGGCAAAACAACAAUUUGUAUUAAUCAACAUUAUCCAGACUCCGAUACGGAUUCAGCCAGUAGUUAUGACGGAUAUCAUGAUAAAAGAUCAACAGAAGAUUAUUCAAGUUUGCAUGGCCAUGUAUCAUUGGUAACAGAUGUUGCAAUUACAGCUGUUGGUAAUACAGUUGAUUUUCACAAUAAUGCUGGCAUAACAGCAUCGAUUACCCCUGGUCUAGGUGUAUUUUUAACAACAUCAUCGACUUAUACUCCCCAUGUAUUUGAAAAUUUACUAAAGCGUCUACAUGCAAUACCACAAGUAAUUAUAUUUUUAAAAAUAUCUCAUGUCAGCGUACCAAUAUUAUCAGAUGAGAAACGUUUAAUAAUUAAAAGUUAUGGGAAUCAAACGAUUUAUCAUAUUGUAGCACAUUUUGGUUAUUGUGAAAAUAAAAUUCAUGUAUUAGAAAUAUUACAACUUGCUGCUUCAAUCAGUGGCAUUCCCGUUCCGAAUGAAGCCAAUAUUACAUUUUUUAUACCAAAUGCUACAAUAGUGGUUAAUAAAAAAGGAUGGAAAACAUGGUUUACACGGUGGCCACUCAUUGUUUACUCGGUUUUGAAAAGUUCAUUUCCUGGCCCAGCUAAAAAUUUACACUUGCCACCAGCAAACACUGUUAGCGUUGGUAUAUUAGCACAUUUAUAA